AUGUGCCCACUUGCCAUUUUUAAUUCAGUUGGGCAUAUUCGCAAAUCUGCUAGACUGCAAUUCAGGUGUCAUGCUAUGUUCUUGUCAGAAGAAGCAUCAACUCGCCGCCAGUUUGUCUUAGGAUGUGGUGCCAUUUCUUCAUGUGCAUUUCUCAACUUGAAUUGCAUGUUAGUCGAAUUGCCUGCUUGGGCUGGGGAAGAAUCAAAUGCCUUGGAUGAUAAUAAUGAUGGAGUGCUUGGGACUAUGAAGUCCUUGUUCGAUCCGAAUGAGAAGACAAAAUCUGGAAAAGUUUUGCCAAAGGCUUACUUGAAAUCAGCGAGAGAGGUGGUGAAGACACUGCGCGAAUCAUUAAAUGAAGAUUCGAAGGAUAUUGCUAAAUUUAGACGAACAGCUGACGCGGCAAAGGAGUCGAUUAGAGAAUAUCUGAUUGGUUGGAGAGGGCAAAAGACAGUUGUCAACGAGGAAUCAUAUGUUGUGCUUGAGAAGGCCAUUAGAUCUCUUGCCGGCUUCUACUCGAAGGCAGGGCCAUCUGCUCCCCUUCCAGAGGAGAUUAAGUCUGAAAUCUUAUGCGACUUAAACAAAGCAGAAGAAUUUUUGUAG